GUAGGUUUAACAUUUUUUGAAAAUACACCUUUCAAUAAUACCAUAAAACCUACAGUGACAAUCGAAUAUUGGUAAAUGUAAAUGUAACACAAUGGACUAAGACGGAUUUGGAACAGGAGUAAGAUAUACAUAGGCAAAUAUGGCUGAAGGUGGGGGUAAUACACAAGAUGGACAUAUUUUGGCAGAAACGGUUGGUGCUGUCAGUGGACGUAUUAAGAAACAUUGCGAACCAUGCUGCAAGGAUAAGAAGACUACGCCUGCAAGUGUCUACUGUAAGAACUGCAGAGAGUUUCAAUGUUUUGAAUGUUCUUCUCAUCACAAGCGGUUUGCCUAUCUGUCCGAUCACGACAUUGUCGAAACGCACAAAGCAGAAAAUGACGAACAUCAUGUCAACAUGUAUGGGUAUGACAAAUGCUUUGUUCAUGGAAGCUCUGUAGAAGUUUACUGCGAAGAUCAUGACGCUUUAAUUUGUUUGAAGUGUGCCUUUUCAGACCAUAAAAAGUGUGAAAAUGCAAAACAUAUUGAGGAAUGUUCAAUGGAAUUGAAAAUUAAAGAAUUCAAAGAAGUCUUAACGGCAUGUUGUGACAAAGCAAACGAAUAUAUUGAUAACGUCAAAGAAAUCGGAGUUACAGAAAAGGAGGGAGUAAAAGCAAAGGCGGAGAGGAUUAAAUCAGAGUUGUGCGCGAAGAUAGAUAAUAAUCUAGCAAAAUACCUAGGUGAAAUUGACAUUGCAGCAGAAUGCGCCAAAUCUUCUGUGAAAGACAAUGUGUCUGACGUUUCAAUUAUUUACGAACAGUUAGAACAGUGGACGAAAUGUUUGGAUACUGCAUCCAAACAAGGAUUUACUGAUAAAAGCUUUAUCCUUAGCCAAUCUCUUAAGGUCAAAGCCCAGGAACAUAAAGACUUUCUGAACAAACAAUGUCUAGACACUUCUUCCUUCAAGAUACACACAGAACAUAUGUUUAGAGAGGGUAGUAUUGAGCAAACCUACGAUGUCACAGUCCAAGUAAAUAGUUCGGACAUUUUGCAGCAAGAUGGGGAUAGCAAACGAAGCACCGACAGCAAGAACAUAGUUGAAUUGCACAGAAAAGCUUCCGUGUUAGUUAAAAAAUAUUCGAAUAAAGAAGAACCGUUUGUCAGUGGUAUUGACUUUCUCGAAGAUGGACGAUUGCUAGCUGUUGAUAAUGAGAACGAUAACUGUCUAGUAUUAGAUGAAAACCUAAGUAUUCUUGGAAAACCAUUUACCUUUUUCAAUACCAAACCUUUUGAUAUUUGUGUUUAUAAAGAAACCCAAGCAGCAGUUACAUGUAUUGGUCUCAUAUAUUUUCUGAAAGUGGACGAACUGAACACUAUCAGACUGAUUCGAAAAGUGAAAAUAUCAGCGUCUUACUACUCUAUAUCCAGAUUUAACUGCUCAAUGUUUCUUUGUAGCACUUUCGAUGAUUCCAAAGCGCCGGUUCGUGUCUUGGAUUUUAAAGGAAAAGAGACAGAUUUUAAUGAUAUUGUGUUUCCUAAAAUUAAAUAUGAACACUUUAAAAGUCAGUGUACGUUUGCAGAACAUUUAGGUAUAAUAACAUUGACAGAUUAUGAUUCCAAUAAAGUGUACCUGAUUAACACACACACAGGAAAAACAAUAGUUGUGGAAGAUAAAACAAUCGAGAAUCCGUCUUAUGUCUGCAUGGGUCCAACUGAUUCAGUGUUCGUCGCAUGUGGUAGAUGCAUUGUAAGAAUUUCCCUCAAAGGACUGAUCUUACAGACAAUUGAGGCCCAAAAACAAUAUCCCUCUGCUUUAUGUAUAUCGAGGGAUGGGGCAAAAAUAGUGGUGGCAAAUAGACCUUUAACAGGCCGAGUAAUUCAAUCGUAUGAACUAACGUUUUCACCGGACAAAUAGAGAUGAUUGAUCAUUACAUAUUAAAGAUCCGGGUAAAAGUGGUAGUAUGUGUUUGCUUUAUUGACAAAAUCUUAACACGGCUGUGUAAACACAUUAUUUAAUUAUUAAACAUGAAUAAAAAAGUGUACUUAAUUAUGAACAUAUUCAAAUUAAUAAUCGUUUUUUUUUUCAAAACAUAAAUAAAAUUCAAAAUGAAGGUGGUCGAACUUGUGUCAAUAAAAAUAUUAUUGUCUUGUAAUAAAACCUAUGGCCGCAAGAACAAGAAAACCACAACAGGACAUUUUGAACAACACAUGCGUUGAAUUAAAAAGAAAUUAAUAGUUUAGUAGUUGUGUUAUGCUGGUUUUCUUAUAAUAAAUAGUCGCAAUUCU